AUGGACCGCUUCGGCCAUUAUCUCGCCACUAAUGACGCACGUGUCAACUCGGACUAUCAAGAUGCUGUGCUAACCUGCCUCAUGUGGCACUGCUUCGGCCGCUCGUCGGACCUAGGCUACCUGCGCAAGCAACAUGUAUCAGUGUCAGUGGACGGCGUCUUCUACCUGCGGCUCCUCCGCGUUAAAACGGCUGAAGAACAAGGGUUAACGCUCAUACCUGACAAGGAGGACUUCCUGACAUGCCCGCUUCACUCCCUCGCGGUAGCUCUCGUCAUGCAGGCCGCGCCCUGCGCGGCUCUGUUAAGCCAGCUCCCUGAGCUUGUUGCGACGAGCGAGGAGCCGCUAGACCCCGGUGUGCCACUGCAGGCCUUGCUAGAAGCAGAGCCAGCUACGCUCAGGGUCGCCCUGAUGCCACCCUCGCCUGCUGUCGCCGCUCCCGUUCCCGCGCCAAGUCCCGUGCCAAGCUGCAGCUCAAGUCCCCAACCUGCAAGCACAGAAGCGCAAGUGAGUAGUACAACGAUGGCCAGCGCUGGGGAGAAGACGUGCGGUGAAGACGGUGUUCAGGCGUAUGUGAACCGCCUCCUCAAGCGCGUUGCCGAGCCCGCGGGAGCCACGACCGACUUGACUUCCCACUCCUUCCGACGCGGCGGCGCUCAGCACGCUAACGGAGACGAUCGCCUUGCCGCUCAGUGA